UAACAUGUCUUUGAUUAAAUUUGUUGUUAUUCAUGUGGGUGUUUUCCAAAUAUGGCUUAAAUGCUGUAAUUCCCUUACUACAGAUAAUGGAAAUGAUGUUAUAUUACGACGACUUGAUUUUCUCGAAAGGAGGAUGGAGCGUUUAGAGAAGGAAAAUUAUGAUCUUAAAAAAGAAAACGAACACACCAGUACAGUUUUACAGAUAUGUUUGAGUACCGUCUGUUGUGCAGUUAACAAUGUAAAUCCCCAAAACAGAGGAAAUCAAAAUCAUUCAUCCAGUAAUAGCACACUGGUCCAAACGCAAAACCAGAAUUCAAGUAUGGUCAAACCGACAGUUACCCAACAAGAUAUCAAUGACAAAUCAGGGAUUGACUCAAUUGGGAAAGAUUUCAAAAAGAGGCUUUUGUUGGGAAGUCCUACUCCAGAUACUGUACAACAUGUGGCAUUCAGAGCAUACACGUCUAAAUCCAUUAGUAGCCUAGGAGCACAUCAGAUUGUUGAAUAUGACAAUGUUCCAUUAAACGAAGGCAAUGCUUAUGACGCCCGACAUGGACAUUUCAUAGCACCACUUAAUGGGGUGUAUCUGAUUUCAUUCAGUGUCAUUGCUGAGCCAUCUAAACAGAUUGCACUAGAUAUAGUGCUUAAUGGUAACCCGAUCGACGAUCUUUUUGCUGACGGACAUGGUAUCAAUAUAUAUACAUCACAUACCAAAGUUUUUCCAGUUCUUCUAAAGAAAGGUGAUAUGGUUUGGGUUAGAACACAUCCUGGAUAUGAAGGCGAACAUGUGUAUGGAUAUCUUAAACACCAACAUAACAUGUUUGCCGCUGUACUCUUGUUUUAA